UACUCUUUAGUAUUGGCAGUAGUUCAAAUCUUUUCUGAAUUUUGACACCGGAUUGAAUUACUUUUUAUUGUACAAUAUCUACCGUGUAGUUACAUGCUGCUUGUUGUUUUUUUCCUUGGGCUUUUCUUGCCCUGUUAAAUUCUGUUUUCUAAACAAUCACCUUUCACCCUUGUACUUUUAGUAGUAUUUUUGUUGUUCAACGUGUGUUGUCUGUUACAUGGCGCUCUGAGCCAAACAAGUGUACUUUCAGAAAAAAACAAACACAUUUAAAUCUUGUCUAACAGACUAUUUGAUAUGUCUCACAGUUUGUAAACCACUGCAGAUUUCAGGGCAUUUCUCAUUAUGAGGUUAUUCCAAUCUCAAACUCUGCCUUCAGAGCCUGAACAAAGUGACCCGGAACUAGAUCUAGACAGAAAAGUGAAACUGCUCAAACAAACAAGUCACAUUGUUAAAGAGAAGGGUCACAGAGUUGCAACCCCUGAUAAGAUGGCUAUCUUGGAACUGGCUAGUAACUUCGAGAAAAGAAAACUGGGGAAACAGCAGCAAAUAUUGACCGACAUAGCGAAACGUUGUCAAGAGCAAGAAGUCCACGACUUGUCUGCCAGGCUGACUACAAGAUGUGAACUGUUGGCCACUCCGCGCUUGACCAGUGACAGUUCCUUCUAUAUGAGUAAACGUUUGACCACAGACAGGCUAUCAGAGUUUACGUCAGAUUCCGUGAUGUAUGCAGGAACAACCGUUUCUGAACGACCUCCCCAGGAGAAGACUUACAAGUUCUUUCCCGCCAGAAAUAAAAUUCGGCAACAGACCACGCUCCAUUCCGACCUUGACCUACAUAACUCCGACUCGAGCAGGUUAAUUAACAACCCACUUCCAUUGGAGCAACUGAGGUCUUCAGAAGCCAGCAAAAUUCUACUUCCGGAAAAAACGUUCACAAAACCUUUUAACGGAUUUCAACACAGGCGAAGACAUUAUAAAAGUCAAAGGGGAAGAAAGGCAAAACCUCUUUCCAACUCUAUGAUGCCUGGAUUGAACUAUUUAUACUUGGGUUUCAGCGCCCGCGGCUCAAAAUCCUCAGCGGCUCUGCAGAGUCACGCCCUUUUUUCUUUGGGUGACCCAGCAUCCCACCACAUAGCAAUGGAUGAAGACAAAAAGUCUGCUGAAAAUCUUCCAGGACCUAACACAGAAAACUCUGUAACUCGUAACAUUCUCCAUGUUCCAAGCAUAGAGUCCAUUGGUCGAUCGUUGGCGAAGGGUCUUGAUGUCUGAAUAUCAAUUCAGAUCAAUAGAGUGCAAUUUUAUGUAGUGGGAUAUUAUUAGUCCGGGUCUCUUUCAUAUCUGUUUUCAUGGUAAUGUUUAGGAACUCGGAAUACUUUAAGUUAAAGGAUCUGUAGCAGGGCCGGCCUUAGCCCGAUUAUACCGAUUGCUCUAAUUGGGCCCUGACAGGGGCGCCGCAAUUUACAUUUAGCACAUUACUCUUGGGCAUGGCUCUUGUCACAGGCUUCUAAAGAUGUAGGACUUAAAGGGUUAACAUAUUUAGUGUACGAUUGGCGUAAGUUUUAUUGACCCACUGAGGCCUAUUGCGUUUGAGUUGCUUCCUAUGCAUAUUAUAUAAUAAAUGUUGAUAUAAUGUUCAAAUUAAUAGUAAUAGUUGUUAUUGUAAAAUACAUUUAGAAAAGCGAUCUGGCAACCAUCCAUUAAACUGGGCGCCGCAAUUAGUAAGGCCGGCCCUGAUCUGUAGUAUUUCCUUUCAUAGCUUCUGACAGUAGUAUCUAAGCUUAAAAUAAUUUUAAGACUAUGAACACGAAAAGAAAACAAACAAAAAGAGCAUUAAAUCUGUAGUGUGGGGAUAUAGUUUCUCUAUAAAUCAGACACACAGUGCCUAUAAAACACGUUCUGCUUAUUGCAAAUUAAAAAUUCAUGAAAGCGCAUUGGAUGUUGCAAGAGCCAUGAUUUUAAUCAUUCAUGUUUAAUGCACAAAUUGUACUUUCAAUUUCCUCAUGGAUAAUACUAUUAUUGUUAUUAUAAAACUUAUACAUAUAUUUGGAC